AGUCUAAUUCCAAAAUCGUCGCGAUGUGGAAGUUAUACAGUGUGUCUCUGUGCCUCUCAGUUCUCUGUGGAAUUGUCCAGGAUGUGCUUGGAUCUUGCCAACUUAGAAUAGAUAGCAUAGGUAGUCCGCCGUUGAUUGUUAACCGAUUUGGCACCAAAACAAUGCUGUCACAAUCUUGGGGAGUGAUAACAAGAGAGGAAGGAGAGUCUAUUGAGUUGUUAUGCGGAGGUGGAGUUACUUACAAUAAAAACCACGGCAGAACCACAAAAACAGGAAACGGUGAAAAGUUAACAUUGGAAUGCAGUCGUGAUGGGUAUUUUCGAGAUCCAGUCGAGAACUAUAAUCUACGGGAAUUAAGUGUUGGGUGUCAUGAAGGAAUUUAUCAAUUGUUUGAGAGCAACUCCAGUUUGCCCAACUGCGAGGGCGACAUGACCCUCGUUCUGGGUCACGACCUCAAAGAGUUGGGGUCAAAGAACAUUGCGGCUUUAUGCUAUGACAUUGUUGCCUCUCGAUUAAAGUAUAUAGCUUACACGACAUUCUCCGCAAGUAACCAAGUUCUGGGGGCGGAAGUGGGUCAGCUGAAUGAUGUCGAAUUGAAUACCAAAGUGAACUACCGCAAGAGUACCUUCAAGCCCGUUCGUCAGACGGAUAUCGAUGCCUACGUGGCGAACGUCGAUCAGCUGGCGGGCUUGUUCGAGUCGGCCAGUCUCGUCCAGGACAACGGAAUGGAAGCGAUGGUGACCGGCUACGAGGACAUGAUGACCACCACCUGGCUGCGCUCCCUGCGCUCCGGCAACUGGCGCCACUGGAUCGCGGCGAUGCGUCUGGCCGCCAGGCGCGGCCUCCACUUCGACGUCCGGCUGGGCGCUUCCGGGGAGCUCCAGCUGCCGCCCUCCAUCGGCAGAGGACCCUGCAACGCCACUCGACCGAUGCUGAUCCCAUUGGCCGGCAGCGUAGGCGGGGAUACGGUGCGGGUGCCCGCCCACAUCUGGGCCCAUGUCCACGCCCUCGAGCCAACUGGCGGUGUCCAGGACGAGAUCGUCAUCAUCGGACACAAUUCGCCCUUCGUGCGCAGCGGCAGCCAGAGCGACUUGUGCUCCUCGAUGUGCGACCAGGUGUCCUGGCUGCAACAGGACAGCCUCUUCGCCAGCCUCCACGAGUUCGCCAUCUACGGUUUAGUGCAUUGCUGUCGCGUGGAGGACGUGGCCACCAAGCUGGACCACUUUCCCGGUCCGUACGCCAAGGAGAAGAACAAACUGGGCGGUGCUCGGGGUGCAGAGCACGUUGCAAGCACCACGGAUUCGAAUAGUUUGUGAGUGAAACACUACCACAGAAAAGUGCAGGUUGCAAGGAGCAUUGAAAGUUAAUUUGCUGUUUGAAUUAGGCAAUAAGCAACCAUAUGUAUAUCAAUAUCAACAACAAUCAAUAAACUGGAAAAUUGGCAA